CCAACUUUGUCUCACUUUUUUAAAACAACCUUUUAGGAAAACAAAACGUACAAGUUCAACUUCCAUGGCGUGAAAUCAAAAAUACAAAUACAAAAAGAGGCAGAAAAUCAGGAGAAGACUGUCUCGCUUCCGCAUUUCGUCGCGUCGCAAUCUCCUGAAUUUAAAAAAAAAAAAAAAAAAACACCAAAAACAAAAACAAGAAGCAAAACGCGACGCGGACGCUUCGCGAAUCCCAAACAGGAAGCCGACGGCGACGAUGAGGAACGCAAAGUCUUCAUUUGAGGAGCAACGACGCUGACAUUUCAAGAUGUUUCACUUGUUGCUGCUGCUGAUUUCCUGCCUGCCGCACGGGGGCGCCACUUCCCCAAUAAGUUGCUACAACGACCAGGGAGCCGCCACCGACUGGUUUUACGUCUACAAGCUGCCGAAGGAGCACGGCGGCGUUUCGGGCUUGACGUACUUGGUGAUGGAGGCGGGCGGCGGGGGGUGGAUGCCCGGGAAGGGCACCGUCAACGACACGGCGGGCGCGCUGGGCACCACGCUCGGGCAACUCUACUCGCACGAGAAGAACCCGGAAGUGGCGUACGUCCUUUACAACGAUCAGGACCAACCGAGAGGGGGCGGCGGCCACAGAGGGGGCCACACCAAAGGCGCGGUUCUGCUGGACGAGCGUCAGGGCUUCUGGCUGCUGCACAGCACGCCCGUCUUCCCCCCCGCCCGCCGGGAGGGCCGCUACAGCUACCCCGACAGCGGCGUCCACUUCGGACAGAACUUCCUGUGCGUCACCUUCCCGCUGGAGCGCUUCCACGUCAUCGGCGAGCAGCUGCAGAUCAACCAGCCCAACGUGUACGACUGCGACGUCCCGCCGCCCUUGGCGGCGGCGGCGCCGGCUCUGGCCGCCGUCUGCGAUAAGAGGGCCGCGCCCGUCCCGCCGGCCAAUCGCAGCGUGGCGCUGAUGUCCAAAGGCGGCACCGGCUUCGUCAGCUUCGCCAAGGGGGCCGCGUUCGACGACGACCUGUACCACUCGUGGGUGGCCCCCACCCUGCAGUCGGACCUCCUGGUGCAGUUCUGGAUCCGCUCGGGCGGCAUCCUCCCCUCCGACUGCUCGCAAGGCCGGAAAGUCCUGGACGUGACGCUCCUCUCGCCGGGCGGGCUGGCGGCCUACAACAACAGCAAGGACCACUCCAAGUGGGCCGUCAGCCCCCUGCCGGGGCCGGCGGGCGGCGGCUGGCUGUGCGUGGGGGACAUCAACCGGAACCAGGCGGAGGAGAAGCGGGGCGGCGGGACGCUUUGUCAGCGCGACGCCGCCGUGUGGAAAGCGUACCGGGCCGCCGUGCUCCGGUUUCAGCCGUGCUAGCGCGAGCGGCUUCGAUUUGGCCGAUUCUUUUUUUUUUCUUUUUCUUUGAAACAAAUAAUAUACAUUUCUACACGUCCAUGUAAAACACAUUGAACGUAUUUGAUAUUAACUAAAAACAUAACAUUUUUUUUUUUACAAA